AUGCAUCUGUACAAUCUCACCCUUCAGCAGCAGUCGUCCAUCAAUCAGGCCGUCCAUGGCUCCUUCACGGGCGUCAGCAAGCAGCAGGAAGUCUGCGUGGCCAAAGGAACCGUCCUUCAGCUAAUCUUCUGCGACCCAAAGACUGGAAAAGUUCAUACGCUAUGCACCCAAGAAGUCUUCGGCAUCAUCCGCUCACUCUACGCCUUCCGACUGGCCGGCAGUAUUAAAGAUUAUGUCGCCGUCGGCUCGGAUGCGGGAAGAAUUGCGAUUCUCGAAUACAAGACUGACAAGGGGAUGUUCGAGCGUGUGCACCUGGAAACUUACGGAAAGACCGGUUGCAGACGAGUAAUUCCUGGGCAAUAUUUGGCAGCCGAUCCGCGAGGGCGUGCCAUUAUGAUUGGAGCCAUCGAACGCCAAAAGCUCGUGUACAUCAUGAAUCGUGACAUGGAAUCCCGACUCACGAUCAGCUCGCCCCUCGAAGCGCACAAAGCCCACACGCUCUGCUACAGCAUGGUCGGCGUCGACGUGGGCUUCGAGAAUCCGACUUUUGCCUCGUUGGAGUUCGAUUGCGAGGAAUCGGACAACAAUUUGGGCGGUCUUUCAACAAAGAAGACUCGCCAGACGCUCACUUUCUACGAGCUCGAUCUCGGCCUGAACCACGUCGUCAGAAAGUAUGCCGAGCCGCUGGCUGACCCUGGAAAUAUGUUGAUUUCAGUGCCUGGCGGUCAAGAAGGUCCUUCCGGUGUGAUCGUUUGCUGCGAGAAUUACCUCAUCUACAAAAAUCUCGGAGAUCAGCCAGACAUCAAGUGCCCAAUCCCGAGACGAAGAAAUGACCUCGACGAUGCCGACCGCUCUUUGAUGAUCGUCUGCUCGGCAAUGCACAAGACCAAAUUGCUCUUCUUCUUUUUGGUCCAAACCGAGCAGGGCGAUGUUUUCAAGGUCACGCUGGAAACCGAUGAGGAUCUUGUCACCGAAAUGAAGAUCAAAUACUUUGACACGGUACCGGUUGCGAACGCAAUGUGCAUUCUUAAGACAGGCUUCCUCUUCGUCGCCGCCGAAUUUGGAGACCACCAGCUCUACCAGAUCGCCAAUUUGGGUGACAACGACGACGAGCAGGAGUAUUCUUCACGAAUGGAGCUCGAGGAGGGCGAUACCUUCUUUUAUGGGCCCCGCUCUCUCAAAAACCUGGUACCCGUUGACACGAUCGCGUCGCUGUGCCCGCUGCUGAAUAUGCACGUUGGAGACCUCGCCCGCGAAGACGCGCCGCAAAUCUAUUCGUUCUGCGGCCGUGGCGCCGGAUCAAAGCUGAAAGUGCUGCGCAACGGGCUUGAAGUCUCAGAAAUGGCCGUUUCAGAGCUGCCGGGAAACCCGAACGCAGUAUGGACGGUUCGCCGAAAUAUUGAUGAUCGAUUUGACUCGUACAUUGUCGUCUCGUUCCUCAACGCCACCCUCGUUCUGGCCAUCGGUGAUACGGUAGAAGAAGCCACCGAUUCCGGCUUCGUCGCGACGCAACCCACCAUUGGAUGUGCUCUUAUCGGCGAUGAUAGUUUGCUACAAGUCUAUCCCGAGGGCAUCCGUCACAUCCGUGCUGAUCGUCGUGUGAACGAGUGGCGGGCUCCUGGCCGUCGUACGAUCGUGAAAUGCGCAUUAAAUCGGCGUCAGGUCGCUAUUGCUCUAGCUGGCGGCGAGCUUGUCUAUUUCGAGUUGGACGUGACCGGUCACCUGAACGAGUUCACCGAACGCCGACAAUUCCCCGGAGAAGUUCUGUGCAUGAGCAUGUCUGAAGUGCCGGAGGGAGAGAUCCGGUCUCGCUUCCUGACUGUCGGUGUCAGCGAUUCUACCGUCCGUGUCAUAUCCCUCGACCCGACUGACACCUUGGCGCCGCUCAGCUUGCAGGCGCUGCCCUCGUUGCCGGAAUCGUUGCUCCUGCUUGAGGCUUCUGGAGAGGAUAACCGUGGUGCGAGCACGAUCCAUUUGAACAUUGGUCUUCAGAACGGCUGUCUCCUCCGCACGACCGUCGACUCUGUCACUGGAGAUCUCAUGGACACGCGAACCAGAUUCCUUGGUACUCGCCCCGUUCGCCUGUUCCGCGUCAAAGUCCUCAACAAAGACGCGAUCAUGUGCACGUCGUCGCGCUCGUGGCUCCUCUACCACUACCAAAAUCGCUUCCACCUCACCCCGCUCUCCUAUCAGUCGCUCGAGUUUGCGUCGGCUUUCGCUAGCGAGCAAUGUGCCGAGGGAGUGGUGGCGAUUACGGAGAAUACGCUACGUAUCUUGGCCGUCGAGAAGCUGGGCGGAUCGUUCAAUGAGGUUGCACACAAGAUGUCGCUCACGCCAAGGAGGUUCGUCAUUCACCCGACCGCCCUGACGAUGAUGACCAUUGAAACGGACCACGCCACCUACACAGAAGUGAUGAAGAACAAGAAGCGAAACGAUAUGGCCAAUGACAUUGAAAGCCUGGCCACCGAUGAGACGGAGCGCGAGCUGGCCCAGGAGAUUGCUGACGGCAUGAGGAAUACGAAGCUGGACGAGAGCGUCUUCGGAACGGUCAAAGGAGCUGCUGCUCGUUGGGCCUCGAUCAUUCGGCUAAUCAACCCGAAAACCGGCGACAUCCAUGCCAUGUUCGAGUUGCCGCAAGACGAGGCAGCAAAAUGCAUGACCCUGAUCCAAUUCCACACACAACCCGAGACGCUGAUGGUGCUCGUUGGCUGCGGAAUCAACAUGCGCCUCCGGCCGUUCAGCCAUCGCGGCGGUUGCAUCUACACUUUCCUCCUCAGCCACACCGGCGACAAGUUCGACCUGGUGCACCGGACACCGACUGAUGAGCCCGUCACCGCGCUGCACGACUUCCGCGGAGUGGCCCUGGUGGCGCUGGGCAAGCGGUUGCGGAUGUACGACUUCGGCAAGCGCAAGCUCCUGGCCAAGUGCGAGAAUAAGGUA